CAGGAUGAAGAACCCAAUGCUGGAGGUAGUGUCCCUUCUGCUGGAGAAGCUACUUCUCAUCUCCAACCUCAAGCUCUUCAGUGUGGGCCCUCCCGUUGACAAAGCAAAGAGCAGUUUUUAUGAGAUUAACUCUUUUCUCCGCGGAGACGUGCUGGAGGUGCCCCGGGUCCACCUGACCCACUAUGGUAUCUACUUGGGUGACAACCGUGUCGCCCACGUGAUGCCCGACAUCCUGUUGGCACUGACCGACAACCAGGGGCUCACGCAGAAGGUGGUAUCCAACAAGCGUCUCAUUUUGGGCGUGAUUAGUAAGGUGGCCAGCAUCCGCGUGGACACGGUGGAGGACUUCGCCUACGGAGCCAACAUCCUGGUCAACCACCUGGACAAGUCCCUCCAGAAGAAGGCGCUGGUCAACGAGGAGGUGGCGCGGAGAGCGGAGAAGCUGCUGGGCAUGACCACCUACAGUAUGCUGUGGAACAACUGCGAGCACUUCGUGACCUACUGCAGAUACGGCACGCGGAUCAGCCCCCAGGCCGACAAGUUUUGUGAGAAUGUGAAGAUAAUUAUUCGUGAUCAGAGAAGUGUUCUUGCUUCAGCAAUCUUGGGAUUGGCAUCUAUAGCCUGCCUGGGCCUAGCAUCAUAUACUACCCUUCCUGCAAUUUUCAUUCCAUUCUGUUUAUGGAUGGCAGGUUAACUUCACACCCCCGUGUCAAUGUGUGUAUUCUCUGUGUAAAUAUGUUUAUAGAGUACAAAUCACUAUAAGCAUUGUUGAGAAAAAUGUGACCUGUAGUACUGUGUUCUGGAUAAAAAUGUGAUUAAGAAUCACGCAAAGUGCUUGCUGUGUGAGCCCAAGAAAAAAGACUUGCUGAAUCUUCUCAGAGAGUUCAGUUUUAAAGCACCUCCCAAGCCUUGGAAAUGUGACGGUUUGUGGUAGAAUUCAGCAGUACAAGAAAGAAAACUAGCCCCUAAGAUGAUGGCCACAGGAGACCCUCUGUGUUAUUUUCCUCUCUUGUAAUCACUGUUAGGCUCUGUUUGAAGUUUGAAAGACUUAUCAGAUUAGGUCACUAACCUCAUUGUAAAUUUAUCCUGUUUCAUUGAAAAAGAUUAUAUUAAACUCAAAGACUUAACCUUUAUUCAGAUGAAAAUAUGUUUGAUGAUUGACAACAACAAAAAAAAAUCACAAUCUUUUUAUUAUGUAAUAUACAUAUCCCCAAUAAACCAAGAAUAUUUUAUUUGCAUUACUUUAAACUAAUAUUGGCAAAGUUAAGAUUUAAUGAUGAAGUCAUCAGCCAGAAAUUAUAGAAAUCUUCUGUUUUCCUGCAGAAAUAGCUACUAUAGCACCACAUUAUUUUUUUCCCUUUUAUGUGACACUGUGGUUCAUUAAAAUCACUAUGGGAGAUACACAGAUACAGGAUUAAAGUAAUUUGGAUAUUUGGUGUGUGUGUGUGGCAAAAUAAUAUGCAGAUAUCUACAGACACAGACUGAUGAGAGUCAAGUUUGCUUUGAUUGCUCUAUUAAGAUACUAGUACAGUUAUUAUAGAACAUCUGUAGAAGUAAAUGGCAAAGCAAGUUAAAUCCAUUUUUUAUGCCUUUGAAUCUUUGGUAUAACUUGCAUGUAUGUCAUUGGAUGUUGUCUCUUUUAAAGCUUUUACUAAUGUACUAUGUAAUUUUUUUAGAUCCUCAGAUUUGUUUCCUAGUCAGGUUUUUCAUUCAUUUCUAAGUAAGUAUAGAUUAUUUCCCUAAAAGAAGGAUACAACAGCAGUGUAUAAAAUCCAGAAAAGUAGGAAUGAAGGAAAUAACUAUUUAAAAUCAUUUUUUUAAUGUCUUAGUACACCCAGGUAUGUAAAUUGAUUACACUGAAGAGUGUAAUAGAGUGAGAGUUGAGAUGUUACAGAGUUAAAACAAACAUCUAAGUAAUUUUGCAAAAUUACCAAAUUCUAAAACUUAAGCCAAAAGCUAGACUUGCAUUUCAGGUAUUAAAAUUGCUUUAUAAACUAUCAAGAAGCACAAAACAGGAUGACUGGGUGCUCAGUCAGUGAUCCAAUCCAAAUAGAUUUAAAAAGCAGAUUUCGUAUAAUUGAGGUUUCAUCACCACCAACUUACCCACAACAAAUUCAUUUAGAGUUUAUUAAUAAUUUAACUUUCAAUGGUUAAUUAUUUAGCUUAUAUAAAUGUUUAGUUAUUAAAAUGUUUUAAGUACUUAAAAGAUUAAAUGGUAACACCAUAGAAUAUAGGUGGUCUAUGGGCUUAUUCCAACCACUUAAAAUAAUCUUAAGUCUUUAUACAUAAAACCAACCACUAUCAAGACUAUUGUGUUAGUGGUUUUUCACUUAUUGUAUAUUACCCUUGUAACAAUUGUUUAAAUAAAUUGUUUUAAAUAUGGUGUCCUCAUAAAUAAUUAACAUCUUUUUUGCAGACAGUAUUGCAGGCAGCAAAAACCACUGCCUCAUGUUAAAUCUGAGUUCAAAGAUAUUGAUUAAAUGCCAAGGAUGUUCUUAAGGUUGGAAUUAACAUAACUGUCUUGACUUAACUUGAUAUGUUAAAGCAAGAUUCAGUUCGUCAUUCAUUUACUGACUGUUCCUUACAUGCUGGAUCCUGCCCUGUCACCAUUUCACUGUCUAGAAUUAAUAUUAUUUUUUAAACUACCUAUUAUAGAGUGUAUACAGUGCUAUGGGAAUACAGGUGAAGAAGCAAUUAAAUCUGCCCAAGGGGCUAGGGAAAUUGUAUGAGGAGAUCUUAUCCACUGAUGUGUUCCAUCUCUUACGGGAAGAGGGAGCUGGAAGAAAGGAUUUAUUUAUCAAAUGUUCAGCAAUGCUAGAGUUUGUUGAACUUCUUAGGGAAAAGAGGGAUUUUGUUUUGUUGUACUCAAUUUGAUUAGUUGCUUAACAAGGUAAAAAGAGAAGCAUACAUUUCUGACUGUGGUUAUGGAAGAAACCCUGAGCCACUAAGGUGUCUCAAAACUUGAGGCAGUUCACAAAUCUCUCAAGGUCUCAUCAGUUAAGAUUCAUCCUUAUGAUCUUGAAAUGUAUUUUUAAAUUUCUAUUAUUCUAACUAUAGUGAUAAUCAGAUAGUAUCUGAUGGAGCUUUUUGUUGCUUUUUUUUUUUUUUUUGCUAUCCUUAGACAGAGGUCAGAUCAGGACUAGCUGGGGCUAAGAUGAGUUAAUUUAAGUGUCACGUAUUAGGUAGAUGUUGGGGAUAAAAAGAUGAAUGAGACAUGGACCCUUUCCUCAAAGCUCAUGGCUAUAAUAGAAGACACAUGGAAGGGGCAAGACUUCCUGCAAUUCACGUCUGUAUAGGGCUGUUUGAAAGCGCGAAGAAAGAAGGGGUUGGUUUUAAGUGGGUUACAAAAGGCCAUAAUUACAGAGACCAUAUAGUGAGACUCAAAAGAUGAAUAUAUGUUUUCCAGGGGGACAGAUAACAGGCAGGACAUUCUAGGCAGUGGGCACAGCAUGAGCAAAUGCAUGAAAACUGCCCACAACAUGCCUGGCGUUUAGGCGUAAGGUACUCUUUGUUGCCUGAAAGCAUGAAACUGCAUGAGGACAUUCAGGAAAGUGCAAGUGGUUUCGAGGCUAGAGCAGAGGAAGAGUGGUGAGAGAAAUGGAUUGGAAAAAGAAAGCAAUGGGUAGGUGGUGCAAGGGUUGUGUAGACCAAGAAGUUUGGACUUUAUGAAUAGGCAAUGGAGAUUUGCGGUUCAGGAAGGUAACUCCCAGAAGUAUGGAGGAAGAAUAGGAGCCUGGGGCAAGAUGGGACAAGGGGACCUAUCAGGGGACUAGCCAUGCUCCUCAGGCCCUCAAAUAAGGUGGACAUCAAACACAUGAAGAAAGUGUCAACAGACUUUAGCCAAAUCCUUAUAUUUGACUCACAAAUAAUUCUUAGUGGUGGAUGAGAGAAGUCAUCCACCCUUGUUUCUUGACAGAAAGUUGAGUCCUGCAAAAUAAAUUAACUUGAUGACUUGUGUGUAUAUCGGAUAUUUCUGAUCUUUGCUCUGUUAGAUAUGUUUCAUUCUAAGGACAAGAGAAUAAGUAUGGAUUUAUUAUUUUAAAAAGUUUUUUUUUUCAGAAUAUGGAUGUAUUUCUUAUUUUUCCAUUUUCUAUUUCAUAAUAUUGCUGUCAAAUAUUAGAAAUGUUUUCCAGCAAUAUCAAAGUUAUUAAAUGAUAAAAGUCUUUUGAUAUAGAUGAGAAGCAUAUAAGAAAUGCUUACCUGUCUUUGUUUUAUAAUGUGAUCUAUUUAGAGAGCUUUAUACAAACGCAGAUCUGUCAGCUCCACUAAUUUCAUAUUUGAUAUACGAGCAAGUCAAAUAAAAUCAAUUUUGCAUAUUGUCUUCUUUUGUCUUUGAAUUUGAAAUACAUAAAG